AUGACUUAUGGUGCAAAAGUUGCAGAAUUCACAGUUAACUCACGACCAGAUUUGCCAACAUUUAAAACAUCGAGCCAAGUAUUUAAAGUAAUUGAACAUGAAACGGUUGUACUACCAUGCGAAGUUACACAUCCAGGACAAUAUGUAUUAGCAUGGAAACGUGGCAUUGCUGUUUUAUCUGCUGGGUCAGUCAAAGUCACUCCUGAACCACGAUUACGACUUAUGAAUAGUUACAGUCUAGAGAUAACAGAUGCGCAACCGUCAGAUGCUGGUGAUUAUACAUGUCAAAUUGGUACUUUGGAACCCAGAGAAAUUACACAUACAUUGGAAAUACUAGUUCCUCCACAAAUCGACUACAUGACCGCCGAUGGUAAGGUUGAAGUGAAAAAAGGAUCAUCUGUACGAUUAGAAUGUCGUGCAUCCGGUAAUCCAGAACCAGUUAUCACAUGGUCACGGCGUAAUAACUUAUUACCAAGUGGUGAAAAAACACGUGCCUCACCAAGUCUAACUUUAGAACGCGUGGAUCGACAUCAAGCCGGAGUGUACCAGUGUACAGCAACCAAUGGCAUUGGGCAACCUGCUAUUAAUCAAAUUAAUGUUCAUGUAUUAUAUCCACCAGAAAUAACUGUCGAACGGCCAAUGGUGUACUCUGGUGAAGGAUUAGAAGCGCAUUUGGUAUGCAUUGUAUAUGGAGAAACACAGCCUGAGGUACAUUGGUAUCGUGAUACAAUGUUAUUGGAUACAACAGAACGACGUAUAAUGGAAACACGUGGAUCACGACACACACUUGUUAUUCGAAAAGUUCAUCCAUCUGAUUUUGGAAACUAUACGUGCGUAGCAGACAAUCAACUUGGUAAAGCCCGUAAAGUUAUUGAACUGACAGGUAAACCGAAUCCAGCCAUAUUCCGGAGUUCAACAUUAGGUCAAUGGCGUGAUCGAUAUAAUAUUAGUUGGAUGGUUGAAUCACAUGCACCAUUAGAAGAAUUAAAAUUGUAUUAUAGAAAGUUACCUGAUCAAUUAGAACAAGAACAACUUCAACCAUUACAACAUCAAAGUCAACAAAUUCCAAGACGAUAUCCAAAGAAGGAUAGUACACUAAUGUACGGUCUAGCAAGUACAUCAUAUCAUGGUGGUCCUGGUGAAUGGCAUGAUGUGUUAAUAACUGGUAAUCGUGAUCGUCAACCACCAAUGAGCUACAUGAUACGAGGACUUGAACCGCAAAGUUUGUAUGAGGCGAAAAUUCAAACAAGAAAUAAAUAUGGAUGGAGUCCUGUAUCACCAAGUUUCACAUUUCAAACAACAUCCACCGAUAAUGUCAUACGAGAUAUUGAAGUGUUCCCAUCAUACAAUAAUGUUGGAUCAAUAUCAUCUUCAACAUCUUUAUUUGGUGUUAAUAAAGCUUUAUGUGACUAA